AUGCUGAAGGAGGAGAGCAACUACCAUGACCUGGAGUCAGUGGUCCAGCAGAUGGAGCAGAACCUCCAACUGAUGACCAAAAGGGCUAUGAAGGCAGAAAAUCACGUCAUGAAACUGAAACAGGAAAUAAGUUGGCUCCAGGCCCAGGUCUCUAACAUCCAACGAGGAAACCAGGCCCUGCUAUCCGGCUAUGGGGCCAACUUGACCAUGGUGAAGCAGAACACAGACUUGGACUUGCAGAACCUCUGCGUGGUCAUGAGCAACGCACAAUCUACAAUAAAGCAGUUGGUCUCUGGAGCACAACACUGA